CCCGUUGACCACUUCAACACAUCCAACACGGACACGUACCUCAACCGUUUCUUCAUUAACGACACCUAUUACAAAAUGGGUGGGCCGGUGAUCGUCUUCGACUUUGGCGAAAGCGGCAUUUCUCCCCUCGCAGCCGCCUGGUUUCUGGCAGAUUACAAUGGAACCAAAAGCGUCGCUACGAGUCUCGCGGCGGAGCUGAACGGCGUGGUGGUCGGCUGGGAACAUCGGUACUAUGGCUACAGUCGACCCGUGCCCCUGAAUGACACCAGUGGUCUGCCGCUGGCUGAUGCACCGGGGUAUAUGUACUUGACCGUCGAGCAAGCUCUUGAGGAUGUGGUCUAUUUUGCCAACAACUUCAACCAAACCACGCUCGGUGAAAACCGGGUCCUCAACAGCACGACGAACCUGGGUCCAUACCAAACCCCUUGGAUAUUUGUCGGCGGAUCGUACCCUGGAGCACGCGCGGUCUGGAUUCGACUGACACACCCCGAGAUCAUCUACGCUUCCUGGGCCUCGAGCGGCCCCAUGGAAACCCGGUCUGAUGGCUCCAUCUAUUUCGACCCCAUCACUCGGGCCUUGCCCAAGAACUGCACCAACGAUAUCGAGGCUGUGGUCAAAUACGUUGACCAAGUCAUCCAGUCAGGCUCCCAAACCGAACUCGAGGCGAUUCAAAUAGCCGGUUACUUUGUCGAAAAUCCCGACGCCCUGGCCAAUGAUACCUAUCAGAAAAGCUUUUCUGUGACGCCUUUCUUCAUCGGAGGAGCUUUGAGCAGCGCCUUGAGCUUCUCCAAGGGCAAUGAUAGUAGUAACAACAACAGCAGCAGCAAUAAUAAUAAUAGUAAUAAUGGGGCGGCCGUCGCCUUCUACGCAUACGCCUAUGGCCUCUUCCAGGCCAAUGCGGUUUUCGCCAACUUCCGAGAGACGCUACCCCAAGACAUGACUUUCACCGAUGAGGUCGACGCCGUGAGUUGGAAGUGGCAGUCCUUGACUCAGGUGGGGUACUUCCAGGGAUCAAACACGAGUGAUUCAUACACGGUACUCAGCGAAUACUACAACGUUUCCGCAGUCCGGGCGGAAGAGAUCAUCGCGUCAACGUUUGCAGACUUCCCGCAGUCCAGCAUCCCCCCCACCAUCAACAACAGCUGGCUGCAGUCCUUGGGCGGGUGGAACGUGCAGGCGAGCAAUGUCAUGUUUACCAAUGGCGAGUUUGAUCCAUGGAGAGCGUUCGGGGUGGCUAGUCAAGCGGAGGACGUCGGGGCGCCCAACCGAGCCAUUACCCAGGAUGUCCCGGCUUGCAACCAGGUUUCAAAUGGCACGGAUGUGUUUGGGCUUGUGUACCCUGGCGCCGUGCACGCUGAGGACAUGCUGACCCCGACGUACGACCGCGGCGCAAGAAAUAGCAGCGAGCCGCGCGAAGAUGGCGUGGGGCUCUUUGUCAAGGCUUGGAACGUCUGGUCGCCUUGCUUUGGACAGAGC